UGUACGUGAGGAGAUCAUCUAGUACAUAGGACAAAGCAAGACUUCCCUGGCACUGGAUGGUUGCUAGAGAGGUGUGAGGGAGAGUACUUGGGACUAGUUGGCAGAUUUUAACAGAACACAUGCAGGGGGAAUAGCAAAGCCAGCUGUAGAGUUUGAAGUGAGGAAGACAAAUGCAGAAUCGUUUAUAAUAUCACAGCAAACAAAAACAGAUAUUACACAUACAGGCUGUAACACACAGACACAAGACGCUGGUAAAAAAAAACACACAGACACACAAGAAUCAAAAUACAAUAUAGGCACAUGCAUAGGGACUCACACUAACAUAUACAGUUAUACAGACACGCAGACAUAAAUCGGUAAAAUGUAACUUUUAUUACCAUAUAGUUCUAGAUCACUGUAAUAGAUAGAUAGAAAGAUAGAGAUAGAUAGAUAGAUAUAAAUAGAUAGAUAGACAGAUAGAGAUAGAUAGAUAGAUAGAUAGAUAGAUAGAUAGAUAGAUAGAUAGAUAGAUAGAUAGAUAGAUCGAUAGGUAGGUAGAUGUAAAUAGAUAGAUAGAGAUAGAUAUAGGUAGAUAUAGAUAGAUAGAUAGAUAGAUAGAUAGAUAUAGAAAGAUAGAUAGAUAUAGAUAGCUGUACAUUCAGGUAUACACACUCAUAUUGUAUAUAACAACAUACAAAUGCACAGUCAAAGGUCAGUGUAGACUUACAAAUAGGGAGCCCACAACCAGACAGAUAUAUACUCAGUCACACGCGUACAGACAGACUCAUACACAUUCAAGCUCACACCCAUUUACACAUGCAGCUGUCUCAGCCUGAGGGAGGUUGGUGUCAGAGUUUCCAGGCAAGCUCAAUAUACUGAGCUCCUAAUCUUAGCCGCUGGAAUUCAGCUUCCCCUUGUUUCUCCUGAAGAGUUUUGGGGGACAUGGUGAGGGUAUCACUGGGGUCUCAGCAUGGCAGAAAUACAGGAAGGAAGCCGGCUGAAUCGGAGGACACAAUUUAAGGACCGUGCAUCCAAGACUUGGAAACGCCUGCGGAGGAGGCUAUCUGCUCCCCUAGAGCUGGAAGUCGAGGCCAAGAAGGCAUGUGAUUGGCUGCGAGCUGCAGGAUUUCCUCAGUACGCUCAACUAUAUGAAGACUCGCAGUUUCCUGUGGAUAUUGCGUGUGUGAAGCGCGAUCACCGCUUCCUUGACCAGGAUUCCCUCAAAUCUCUCUGCAGGCGGCUAAUGACCCUUAAUUCAUGUGCGCCUAUGAAGCUUGAUGUUCAUUUCCACCGUAAACAGAAUGAAGACUCAGAUGAAGAUGAUCAGUGUGCGAUUAGUGAUCGUUGGGAGUUCCAGAGGGACCAGGGCCGCUGGUCUCGACUGGACUCCGUGGAUCUUCUCUCCCCAACAUAUGCUGGACCCCCUACCAUGAAAAGUACAUCUAGUCGAGACAGCAUACUGACAGACCUAAGCACAGAGCUGGAAGCCACAUCAUUACAGAGUGCAGAAAGUAGCAGGGGUUUCAUUACACCGCCACAGGAGGCGUCGUCCUUAUCUAGCACACCUGCUCCAUACAAACCAUGCAGGAGUCUAAGUGACCAGUCUCUGGCUCCUCAACACCGAGGACUAAAAGAAAAACCAACUAAGAAAAGAAAGACCAGAGGCUUUUUGAAGAGAAUGGAAUCGCUGCGACGCAGAGAGAAAGACAAAGGGAAGCAGAAAAUGCAGACAGAAAGCUCUUGUAGCCCUACUUUGGUGGUUUCUGUAACAAAUAAUGGGAAUAUUCCAAACCAAUGCUACGAUGGGGACAUUCCAGAGUAUGAGAAGGAUUUCCUACAUCCUGGUUAUAGGACUACAAGUACAUCCAGUGGUAGCCUUAGAAAGCAAAAGCUGGAUGGUCAGUGUAGGGGAGUUUAUUUGGAAGACUUUGAAAUUAGUGAAAAGGAUGGGGUACGACAAAGACUUUGCCAGAAGCCAGAUCGUCUUGUGUGCAUACCUACAGACCACAAACCUGGCACCUUCCCCAGGUCAAUCUCCAUUGAGAGUUUGUGCCCAGCAAACAGGAUACCCCUGGAGAGCUGGAAGAUGGGGAGCAAAUCCUUGGGGCACUCUGUUUGCAGCAGCAUGGACUCUCAUGGGUUGGAGGGAAGACAAAGGAGAGGUUCAUUUAGCUCUAUAGGAAGUCGCUCGAGUAUCUAUGAUAAUGUACCCCCCUCACGGGCAAGCAGCUCUGACCUUUUGGAGCUGGGAAUAGGUGGUGAUCCCUUUGGACAUCUGGAUGAUGUUCUCCAUCAUGUUCGGGGUCUGCAGCGGAUGGUGGAGCUGUGGUCACGAGCAGUGUGUCCAGAGCUUGAUGAGGGUACUGACUCUGGGGGUGAACAAGCUGGACAUCUCCCCUAUGAGGAGAGAUCUAUGUCUGAUGUGGGAACCUCAGCCAGUGAUUUCGACAGCAUUGGAAAUUCACUUAAUGAAACAGAGGAUACAGAUAUGAGAGAGAGAAGGGAUUCUGGUGUGGGAGCAUCAUUAACCAGGCCAUGCAGGAAGUUGCGCUGGCACAGCUUCCAAAACUCUCACCGACCAAGCCUCAGUUCUGCAUCGCUUGAGAUCAACAGACAGUCGGCAGCACAGCUCAACCUCCUGCAGAAGCUGUCCCUGCUCAGGCUCACUGCCAUCAUGGAGAAGUACUCUGUGCCCAGCAAGCAGGGGUGGGCAUGGACAGUGCCCAAAUUUAUGAAAAGGAGCAAAGUUCCUGACUACAGAGGCAGAGCCGUGUUUGGGGUUCCACCGAUCAUCAAUGUCCAGAGGACAGGGCAACCUCUCCCCCAGAGCAUUCAGCAAGCCAUGCGCUACAUCCGUAGCCAGUGUUUAGACCAGGUUGGAAUCUUCAGGAAGUCUGGGGUAAAAUCUCGUAUCCAACUCCUGCGGCAGAUGAAUGAGGCUUCUCCAGACCAUGUCAGUUAUGUGGGGCAGUCAGCAUAUGAUGUAGCUGACCUGCUGAAGCAGUAUUUCCGAGACCUUCCAGAGCCUAUCUUCACCACCAAGUUGACGGACACUUUUUUACAAAUUUACCAAUAUGUACCCAAGGAUCAGAGGUUGCGAGCAGUGCAGGCUGCAAUAUUAUUAAUGCCUGAUGAGAACAGGGAUGUUUUGCAGUCAUUACUAUACUUCCUGAGUGACAUCUCCUCCUCUCAGGAAAAUCAGAUGACUGCCGGGAACCUGGCUGUGUGUCUGGCACCUUCAGUAUUCCACCUCAACAUCUCAAAAAAGGAGAGCACUUCUCCAAGGGUCAUGCAGAAGAGAGGAGCUUCCGGGAAACCAGAUCAUAAGGAUCUUAGUGAGAAUAUGGCAGCCACACAAGGCUUGUUGCAUAUGGUUACAGAGUGCAAGAAACUCUUCCAGAUACCGCAUGACAUGAUGCUUCAAUCACGGAAUUCAUACAUAGCUGCUGAUGCUCAUCCUCUGCCCCUAGAGGUGCUUCGUAGGGCCUCUGAUGAAGAUGCACAUGAUUUCUCUUCUUUUAUGGAUAAUAGCAUCCAGAGUCUUCUCCGAGAUUCUGCAGAUCGCUUUAAAGGUUGGAUGACAGCACCAGGUCCAGAGAACACAGAACUGUCUUGUAAAAAGGUUGGUGACGGGAACCCUUUGCGUCUGUGGAAGGUAUCUACGGAGGUGGAAGCUCCUCCAUCAUCUCUGCUUCACCGGGUACUAAGAGAGCGUCACCUUUGGGAUGAUGACCUUCUGCAAGGAAAAGUGGUGGAGACACUCGAGCCAAACACUGAGAUCUUCCAUUAUGUAACAGACAGCAUGGCUCCUCACCCACAACGACAGUUCUUGGUACUAAGAAAAUGGCGCACUGACCUCCCUAAGGGUGGUUGCCUUCUGGUGUCUACAUCCAUGGACCAUACCACUGGGCAACUGGAAGAAGGGGUGCAGGCUGUGAUUCUCACCUCCCAGUAUCUCAUGGAGCCUUGUGGAAUGGGACGUUCCAAGCUUACUUACAUCUGCAGGACUGACCUCAGGGGACGUUCUCCUGACUGGUACAACAAAGUCUUUGGUCAUCUCUGUGCCAUGGAAAUUGCAAGGAUUCGGAAUUCCUUCCCACCCCUUAAUCCAUGUGGACCAGAAACCAAGCUCUGAUGACUUUUGAAUCCCUAAGUGCACUAUUGGAAAACAGAUAUUCAUUAAGAGACACACAGAAGCUUCAUCAGCCAAUUCCACACGUACAGGCUUCAAGGCGACUUUAGUGGCUGUUACUAUUUCUGGAGCUGUCUGUGCUAAGUUUUGAAGUGUCCUGUUGGGAAGGACAUUAUGGACCUUAAGGACAUUAUGCACCUGCAGAGAACAUAGACUUUAGCCUUAAAAAAUCACAGCAGGCAGUUUCUUAUCUGCUUGAAUGACUGCAACGUGCAUUACCUAGAAUACAGUGCCUCAGACUCCGGUUCCUACUGACCUUAACUGUUGCACUGUUUUACAGGAAGGCAUUAACAGUAUCAGUAUUAUUGUUUUGUGUUUUGUUGUGUCUUGUUUUUGUCUAUUUUUUUUGUUUGACUUAGUAAUACCAGUAAGCAGGUUCUUUAAUGCUUUCUUUUUUGUGUAUAAACCGUUUAUGUACAGGAAACAUGAAAUAUAUAUAUUUAUGUGUCUGCAAACCGCUUGUGAAGGAUCAGCUAAAUUAAACGGCUUUUUAAUUUGAAGCUAUGGAAACCAUUUACUUGCUGUAAAUGGGGGUUAUAUGUAUAUAUUUAUGAUACCUGCUUAAGAGUAUGACUGGACUAAUGUUAGCCAAGACUAUGAACCUUAUUCCUCUCCAAGGAAAUCCAUGUGGUUUCCAAAUAGGAAUUGGUUUGCUAAGGGAUCAAUCAAAACAAAUGAAUUUCUCUUAUCCCCUCCCCUAGCCCUUCAGUGUUGAAAUGCCAUUUACAUUCUCUUAACAUUUAGAGAUUUGGCAACUGACUUCAGGACUCGAGGGAUAAUUAGAAGUUAAUUAAGUAAAAGUAGAAUGUUGUGCCAAUUAAGUUACAGGUUGGCAGACCUCACCAUGACAACAGCUUCCUGCCAGUGCAGCAGAGACAGCAGCGCUAAUGCAAUAUUUGUACCAAUGUAGUAGGUUUAUGGUAUAUACCCUAAUCUAUGCCUUCCAAGUAAAGCAGAAACCUGACUUUUUUUUUUUUUUUUUAUUACGCACAUUCUAAAUAAAUGGGCCUUUUCUAAAAAUACUGAUUUUACUCUGUGUUUGAUAAAAGGCACUGCAUAAGGAUAAACCUUUCUAUUACACAUACUCUAGUAGUAGAUUGUUCUAUGACACAAACUCUAGUAGUAUAUUGUUCAGUAGUUUGCUAGGCAGUAAAUUUAGUUUGAGCCCAUUAAAUAUUACAUUGGUGUCUAAUUCCCCCUGUUAUAAUCCUAUGAGUUUGGUGAAUGUCUAGUUAUGUUUUUUUCUAUAUUUUUCUGCAUAGUUUCUAUUUCAAACUGUGAGGGGGAUAUCUCAACAAUGCGUGGGAGCAAUUUUGUAUUUGGUUCUUGCUGCAAUUGUACAAGUCUAUGUUACAAGGUGAUCUAUAAAUAAUGUACAGAUAAAAUUAUAAUAUAUAUCUAUAACUUUUUGUAUUAUUCUGUCACCAGAGGACUGUGCUAUGUACAGCACAGUGAGUUAUCAGUGUUUCUAUUUAAGGGAAGUUUUGUAAUAUAAUGAUGAUCCGCUUUAUUGACCAGGGAUAUAAUAAAUUGCCUAAACCAUU